UUUCCAACUUUGGAAUUUACAUUAACUUGGCAACAGCUGCUUAUUUCCCGCCUUCCAUUAGUUGAAUGUUGUUUUCGUUUCUUUGCAAUUAUUAUUUUAAAGUUUAUUUGGGUUAACUGAGGUAUUUAUUUAGCAUGCAUAUUAAGCAAAUCAUUAUACAGGGUUUUAGAAGCUACCGAGAACAAACUGUAGUUGAGCCUUUUAGUCCACGCCACAAUGUGAUUGUGGGCCGAAAUGGUUCUGGAAAGAGUAAUUUUUUUUAUGCCAUUCAGUUUGUUCUGAGUGAUGAAUUCUCUCAUCUGCGACCUGAGCAACGCCAGGGCUUGCUUCAUGAAGGUACUGGGCCCAGAGUGCUUAAUGCAUAUGUUGAAAUUAUUUUUGACAAUUCUGACAGUAGACUACCCAUCGACAAGGAUGAAGUAUCGCUUCGAAGAGUUAUUGGGUCCAAGAAGGAUCAAUACUUUCUGAAUAAAAAGAUGGUCACGCGAACUGAUGUGAUGAAUUUAUUGGAAAGUGCUGGUUUUUCAAGAAGCAAUCCUUAUUAUAUUGUGAAACAAGGAAAAAUUAAUCAAAUGGCAACUGCUCCAGAUUCUCAGCGGUUAAAAUUGCUUCGGGAAGUAGCAGGUACCAGAGUAUAUGAUGAAAGACGAGAGGAAAGUCGAAAUAUUUUAAAGGAAACAGUUGGAAAAACUGAAAAAAUUGAAGAUCUUCUGAAGUACAUUGAAGAGAGGCUAAAAACUCUAGAGGAGGAAAAAGAAGAACUUAAGGAAUAUCAAAAAUGGGACAAAAUGCGAAGGUCUUUAGAGUAUACGAUAUAUGAUCAUGAGUUGAAAGAUGCUAGAAAGAAGUUAGAAGAGCUUGAUACCAGAAGAGAAACUAGCAGUUCUGUGACGGAAAAACUACGUGAAGAAGCUCAGCAAGCUGCAGAUCAAAUAAAAAAAUUGAGUAAAGACUUGAGAGAUGUGAAAAGUAAGCUACAGUCUUAUAGAGAAGAAAAAGAGGCCCUCUCUCAAGAACAGUCAUCUUUAUUCAAGGAGAAGACACGAUUGGAGUUGACUAUCAAAGAUCUCAGAGACGAAGUAGAAGGAGAUGACAGUUCUCGAAAAAGAGCAGAAAGAGAAUUGGAAAGACUUAAGGAAACAAUAUCUGUGAAAUUAACCAACCUUGAAGAAAUAAGGCCACGUUAUGAGGCUCAAAAGAAAAGAGAAGAAGAAUGUACACGAGAAUUAAGUUUAAAAGAGCAGAAAAGGACAGAACUUUAUGCAAAGCAAGGGAGAGGAAGUCAAUUCACUUCUAAAGCUGAGAGAGAUAAGUGGAUCCAGAAAGAGUUGAAGUCACUACAAAAGGCUAUUAGAGAUAAAAAAGAACAGAUUGACCGAUUGCAAGAGGAUUUUACAAAGGACACUGAAAAGAGAAAAAUGCUAGAAAUAAAAAUAGAAGAACGAACAAAAGAAUUGGAGAACCACCGAGAAAGCAUAGACACGCAAAAUAAAAACUUUUAUGAGAUGAAGAAAAAGAAAGACACACUUCAGAGUGAAAGAAAUGAGCUUUGGAGACAAGAAAAUGCUAUGCAGCAAAAUUUGGCAACAUUAAAAGAAGAUCUAUCCAAAAAAGAUCAAGGGCUGAGGUCAAUGACUGGCAAAGCAACACUGAAUGGAAGAGACAGUGUUAAAAAAGUUCUUCAGUCAUUUAGAGAUAAAGGUGGAAGUUCUGAACAAAUUGCUAAUUCAUAUUAUGGAAUGUUAAUUGAAAAUUUUGAUUGUGAUAAAACUAUCUACACUGCUGUUGAAGUAACAUCUGGAAAUAAAUUAUUUUACCACAUUGUGGAGAAUGAUAAAAUUGGUACAAAAAUACUUCAGGAAAUGAAUCGUCAGCAGCUUCCUGGUGAAGUCACAUUUAUGCCAUUAAAUAGGCUGAUGUAUAAAGAUGUGCAAUAUCCAAAUACCAAUGAUGCUAUUCCUAUGAUAAGCAAGUUAACUUAUGAACCAAAGCAUGAAAGAGCGAUGAAAUACAUAUUUGGGAAAACCUUGAUUUGCCGAAGUUUGGAGGUAGCUACACAGAUUGCAAGAACUUCCAAUCUAGACUGCAUAACUUUGGAAGGUGACCAAGUGUCACAUAAAGGUGCUUUAACCGGUGGUUAUUUUGAUACAAGGAAAUCAAGAUUGGAUUUGCACAAAGGGCACAUGCAAGUUGUUACUGAAAUUAACGAACAGGAACGACAGUUGACUCAGCAUAGAAAAACUUUGACAAAUAUUGAAAAUGAAAUUAAUAAAAUAGUCAGUGACAUGCAGAAAGCUGAAACCAAAAACAGUAAAAAUAAGGAUGUGUUUGAUAAGUUAAAGGCUGACAUCCGUUUGAUGAAAGAAGAGGUUGCUGCUUUAGACAGAUCACAUCAGCCUAAGGAAAGGAGCUUAGCCAGUCUUGACUCAAGCUUGAAGUCAAUGCAAUCCACUGAACAGUCCUUACGUAGUGAGCUUCAGCAAGAUUUAUUAAAUCAGUUAUCGGUCACUGAUCAGCAAGAAGUGGAUCGACUGAAUGAUGACAUUCGAAAAUUGACUCAGGAAAACAAAGAAGCAUUCAGUGAAAGGAUGCGACUCGAAGCAGAAAAAAAUAAGCUGGAAAACUUAUUAAAUAACAACUUAUAUAGAAGAAAAGAAGAAUUAGAAGCUGCGCUUCAAGAAAUUUCUGUUGAAGAUAGGAGGAGGAAGUUGGAAAACAGCAAUGCUGAACUUGCCGCAAUCAGUAACAGGAUAAAUGAUGUAAAUAAAAAUGUUAAAGAGCUUGAGCUGAAGUUUGAAAAAUUCAAUUCUGAACAGAAAAGCACUCAGAAAGAAUUAGAACAUUGGAAAGCUCAAGAAAGGGAAUUUCAAGAGAGAAUCAACGAGGAUGCCAAAGAUUUAGAAAAAAUGACGAGCAAACAAUCACUUCUUUUAAAAAAGAAAGAGGAAUUUACUCGAAAAAUCAGGGAGCUUGGUUCAUUGCCAUCUGAUGCAUUUGAAAAAUAUCAAAAUUUGAGUUACAAACAACUUUAUAAGAAACUUGAGCAGUGCAAUCAUGAACUAAAAAAAUAUAGUCAUGUAAACAAAAAAGCAUUAGACCAGUUCAUCAGUUUUUCUGAACAGAAAGAAAAGCUUGUCAAUCGCAAGGCUGAGAUCGAUCGAGCUUACAAUGCCAUAAUGGAGUUAAUGGACCAUUUGGAAUUGAAGAAAUUUGAAGCUAUUCAGUUGACAUUUAAGCAAGUAUCUAAAUUUUUCAGCGAAGUAUUUAAGAAACUAGUUCCACAUGGCCAUGCAACUCUUGUCAUGAAAACAGAUGAAGAAACAGGAGGUCAAGCUCAUGCUACUUCAGUUGAACAGUUUAUAGGUGUUGGCAUUAGGGUAUCAUUUACUGGUAAAUCAGGUGAAAUGAAAGAAAUGCAACAACUGUCUGGUGGUCAAAAAUCUUUAGUAGCACUUGCCUUAAUAUUUGCAAUUCAGAAGUGUGAUCCAGCCCCAUUCUAUCUUUUUGAUGAAAUUGACCAAGCUCUCGAUUCUAUGCAUCGAAAAGGUGUUUCAGACAUGAUACAUGAAUUGUGCCAAGAUGCGCAAUUUAUCACUACUACUUUCCGACCAGAGCUUCUGGAAAAAGCUGACAAAUUUUAUGGAGUGAAAUUCAGAAAUAAGGUGAGUCAUAUAGAAGCUGUCACCCAAGAGGAAGCAAGAGAUUUUGUUGAGGAUGACACGCCUCACAGCUGAAAAUAUUUAAAAGGAAGAAGAGUUUUCAUAUCAUCACUUGUAUAUUUGUCACCUCCCAUUAUUUCACUUUACUGAAGAUAUAAAGAGUUUAAAAAGCUUGUUAUAUUUUAGAAUGAAUUCUAUUUCGCUUUUCUAAGAUUUAAGUUGAAACCAGGUGUUCAGAUAGCCAUGAAGUGUUACUUGUUUUAAAUUAUUUGAAAGUUUUAUGGAUUAUAUAUCAUUGUACAUAUGUCAUUUUCUCAAGUUGCUAUUACGAAGGUUUAUGCAUUGUCAGCAAUAUUUUUAAAUAACUCCAUUUGAUUAAAUUGUGUUGUUGAAAAGAAAAAAA